AUGAGGAUUCCGAAGAGCCGACCUCUGCGCCCAACAUCCAGCAUCACGACCAUCCUCACACCCCGCCACGCUCACCCGCGACUGCCUCUGCUCGUAUCGCGCAUGGCGUCCACCACAGCCUCAGGCGAUGGCCAUGUCAGCAAACCGGCUGCUGGCGUCUCCAUCGCCGACCUGCCCAAGACGUGGCACUUCACGAGCUCCCUCCCCGCCGACUCACAAUACCCGACACCAGCCGACUCGCACGAGACACCACGGGAUCAAAUAAGGCCACGACAAGUCCGCAAUGCCAUCUUCUCCUAUGUUCGACCAGAGCCCGCUGAAAAUCCCGAGCUGCUCGCCGUGAGCCCGGCGGCCAUGCGCGACAUUGGCAUCCGAAUGGGGGACGAGACGACAGACGAGUUUCGCCAGACCGUCGCCGGGAACAGGCUACACGGCUGGGACGAAGAGACGCUGGAGGGAGGCUACCCAUGGGCGCAGUGCUACGGCGGUUUUCAGUUUGGCCAGUGGGCUGGCCAGCUCGGCGACGGUCGCGCCAUCUCUCUCUUCGAGACCAAGAACCCCGCCACCGGCGUCCAGUACGAGCUCCAGCUCAAGGGGGCCGGCAUGACGCCCUACUCGCGCUUCGCCGACGGCAAGGCGGUCCUCCGCUCCAGCAUCCGCGAGUUCAUCGUGUCCGAAGCCCUCCACGCCCUGCGCAUCCCUACCACGCGCGCCCUCUCCCUGACCCUCCUCCCGAACUCCAAAGUCCGCCGCGAGACUGUGGAGCCGGGGGCCAUUGUUCUCCGUUUCGCCCAGUCCUGGCUGCGCUUCGGCAACUUUGACAUUCUUCGCGCCCGUUCCGAGCGACCCCUCCUCCGCACCCUCGCCACCUACGUCGCCACCGACGUCCUCGGCGGCUGGGAAGCGUUGCCGGCGCGCCUCGCGAACCCAGACGAACCCAAGGCCGCCCCUGCGGACCCAGGCCGCGGCGUGCCCUCGACGGACAUCCAGGGCCCCGACGACGCCGCCGAGAACCGCUUCACGCGGCUGUACCGCGAGAUCACGCGGCGCAACGCCCUCACCGUCGCCAAGUGGCAGGCCUACGGGUUCAUGAACGGCGUCCUCAACACGGACAACACGUCCAUCCUCGGCCUCAGCCUCGACUUUGGGCCCUUUGCCUUCCUCGACGACUUUGACCCGCAGUACACGCCCAACCCACGGACGACCCACGCCCCCGGCGCUACAGCUACCGCAACCAGCCGACCAUCAUCUGGUGGAACCUCGUGCGCCUCGGCGAGGCCCUCGGCGAGCUCCUCGGCGCCGGCCCCGCCGUCGACGACCCGGCCUUCCUCGAGCACGGCGUCGCAGAGGCCGACGCCGACGCCCUCGUCGCCCGCGCCGAGAAGAUCAUCAGCCAGGUCGGCGAGGAGUACAAGGCCGUCUUCCUCGCCGAGUACAAGCGCCUCAUGA